AAGAGGAAAAAAAAAAUAAAGCAACCCUCCCUCAGUCCCUCUCCCUCUCUCUCUCUCUCUCUAGGGCACAGAAAAACCUGAAACGGCAAAACCGAAAUUCACACAAUUCACCAAAUUCCAUUCACUGCCAGAUCUCUCUCUUUCUCUGAAGCUUCUUCAUUUCAUCCAUGGCGGACGCUCCUUCUUCUCCUGCUACCAUGGAAUUUAACCCUCAAAAAUCUCAAGACCAAAACUCUACCUCCCAAUCAAACCUCCCCAAUCCUCCACCAGCUCCAACACCGCCACCACCGUCGUCACAAGCUUCUCAACCUACGCAAUCGUCGCCAAACCCUAGUCCGAAUUCAACUCAAGUGCCUCCAACGCCUCCCUCUAUCUCUUACGCGCCUCCGCCGGUCUCCGGCGUCGCCGCCUCCUUCGUCCCGCCCUCGGCGCCGUCAUUUCGUCCGGUUCCGCAGUUCUCUCCGAUUCCAAAUUUUCAAAACCCUAGCCUCCAAAUUCCAGGCGUCCAGCCUCCCGGCGUGAGCUCCGCGGCGGCCAGCGGCGGGGCCGCCGGGGUCCCUAUUUCGGUACCGGUGCCGCCGCAACCUUUGAUGCAUUAUCAGGUCCAGCCUGGUCAGUUUCCAAACCCUGCGUUGAGACCUUCGUAUGCUCCGAUACCGAAUGGAUUCACGGCCGUGCCUGGUGCUGUUACUCAAGGCACUAUACCUCCACCUGGACUUCCUCGUUUUCCUUCUCCUUAUACCACGAUGGUCCGGCAUGCAUUUUCUCCACGGCCACCAGGAGCAAUUGGGGUGCUACCACGCCCUCCUGUUCCAGGGAUUCCUGGAGUUCGCCCAAUCAUUCCCCCUAUUGUUAGGCCAGUCAUUCCUAGUGUUACUCCAGCCGAGAAACCACAAACCACUGUAUAUGUUGGCAAGAUAGCACCAACUGUGGAAAAUGAUUUUAUGUUAUCUGUCCUUCAGUUUUGUGGACCUGUCAAGGCUUGGAAACGUGCUCAAGAUCCCACUGAUGGGACUCCUAGAGGUUUUGGAUUUUGUGAAUUCGAGUCUGCUGAAGGUGUUCUUCGUGCAUUGCGCUUGUUGAGCAAAUUUAGUAUUGACGGACAAGAACUUGUGUUAAACGUUAACCAAGCAACGAGAGAUUAUCUAGAGCGAUAUGUUGAAAAGAAAACUGAAAACUCUAAGAAGCUCAAAGCAACUGAAGCUUCACCUGCUAUGAAAGAGGAUGAAAGUGCAGCAAGUGAUGAAAAGACCGACCUUCCGAAGCCGACUGCAGAGGAGCCAACGAAGGAAGACAGUGAUUCGGGGAAUAAAGAAAAUGACAAUGCAAAUUUUGGUAUUGUCACGGAUGAAGACAGUGAAGCUGAUCGGGAAGCAAUGGGGAAGCUGACAAGCAUGAUUGAGGAGAGGUUAAAAACCAAACCUCUCCCUCCACCUCCACCUCCACCUCCACCUCCUGCACAAGCAUCUGGUGAAGGCGCUGGGAAUUCUAACUCAGAGCUGCCAGCUAAAUCAAGGGAUGGAGACUCUGAUGCAGAUAUGAGAAAUGAUGCAACUGAAGAAAAAAAUGAUGAUGAGUCAACUAGUGGGAACAAACUCGUAAGUGAGAAUGAUAGGACUGAAGCAAGCUCACCUGAUAAGAAUAGAAGGCAUGAUCGAAGAAGCAGGGACAGAGACAGAGAGCGUGAUCUCAAAAGAGAAAAGGAAAGAGAGCUUGAAAGAUUUGAAAGAGAAACAGAGCGGGAGCGGAUACGUAAAGAGAGGGAGCAAAGGAGGAGGUUGGAGGAAGCUGAGCGCCAGUAUGAGGAAUAUCUCAAAGAGUGGGAGUAUAGGGAAAGGGAGAAGGAGAAACAACGUCAGUAUGAGAAGGAGAGAGAGAAAGAUAGGGAACGCAAAAGGAAGAAGGAGAUUAUUUAUGAAGAGGAAGAUGAUGAUGAUGAUUCAAGAAAGAGGUGGCGAAGAAGUGCGUUGGAGGAGAAGAGAAAGAAAAGGCUAAGAGAAAAGGAAGAUGACUUGGUUGACAUGCAAAAAGAGGAAGAAGAAAUUGCUGAGGCCAAGAGGAGGGCUGAAGAGGAAAAGCAGCGACAGCAAGAGAAAGAUCUUUUGGAGAGUUCAUCUGAUCGUGUAACAAAUGGAACCGAAAAGGCUGUAUUGGCUGAGGAAUCCAGUGCUGAAAUGAAAGAUAAGGAUUAUGAGGGUGAUUCUGGUCAUGACAAUCGUAUCGGUGACAUGAUUCUACAAAAUGGUGGUAUCAUUGAUGAAUCGACCAUGGCAUCAGUUGCUGCAUCGGAUACACAACAUAGUGGCAACGUCACCACUAAGAAAUUGGGUUUUGGUCUUGUUGGGUCUGGUAAACGUACUGCUGUACCUUCUGUUUUUAGCAACGAGGAUGAUGAUGAUGCACAUAAGGAGAAAAAGAUGAGGCCCUUGGUUCCCAUUGAUUAUUCGACGGAAGAACUACAAGCGGUCCAGACUGCUUCAGGGGCAACUCAACCAAAUUUGGUUGCUGCUGCUGAAUUUGCCAAGCGAAUAUCAAAUACUGGCUCCAAGGACGAGAAGCUUGAUGCUGAAAAGGAAAGAAGUAGACGCACAAAAGACCGAUAUGAUGAGGAUGGUAAUCGCACUAGAAAUGAAACCAAGGAGAAGACUCGUGAUACAACAGAUCGAGAAUAUGGUGGGGACAGAGUAAAGACAACAAAUAAUAAGAAGCUUUUGGAUGCAAAGCAACUCAUUGAUAUGAUCCCAAAGACCAAGGAGGAGUUAUUUUCGUAUGAAAUAAAUUGGGCUGUUUAUGACAAGCAUGCACUUCACGAGAGAAUGAGACCGUGGAUCUCGAAAAAGAUUACGGAGUUUUUAGGAGAGGAAGAGGCCACACUGGUAGACUACAUUGUAUCUAGUACUCAAGAACAUGUCGAAGCAGACGGCAUGCUGCAGCUUCUUCAAUCCAUUCUAGAUGAGGAAGCUGAAAUGUUUGUUCUCAAGAUGUGGAGGAUGCUCAUCUUCGAAAUUAAGAAGGUGGAGACGGGCCUCUCCUCGAGAUCUAGAACAUGAUGCAUUUUUUAGUUCCUUUGUUUAUGCUGAAUGCUGACUUUAGUAAAAUAUUAUUGCCCCAGUUGAGAUGAAAUGUUUUUCAGACGCCCUUUAGAAUGGAUCAGAAUCAGAUGGAUGGCUGUCUAGGCUUAGACAUAUUCUUCGGUUGUUUCAUCGUCCCCAUAAGCAAUGAAACCCAUUAUUGUUUUCUUGUAGCUUCGGCACCCAUUAAUUCUUGAUUUCUUGUUUGGAUGGCAAUAAAAAGUUAAAAACUCUUAUAA